UGGUCAGUCUUGCUCUAAAUUGCGGAUAGCAAAGAGGGUUUUAAUUCUCACACAGAGUGCCUGAAAUUAAUUUUUCCGUUCUAAUUUAGUCUGUGAGAGAGAGAGAGAGAGAGAGAGAGAGAGAGAAAUGGCGAUGAAGCGUGUGGCUGCGACUGCUGUUCGAGCUAUUUCUUCGUCGGAGAGUCCAGUAUUACCGACGACCUUCAGUAGAGAACUCCAUGCUUCUCCUGGCAGCAAAAAGAUUGUUGGGGUUUUCUACAAGGCCAAUGAGUAUGCUAAACUGAACCCCAAUUUUGUUGGUUGUGUGGAGGGAGCAUUGGGCAUACGUGAAUGGCUGGAAUCACAAGGCCACCAGUAUAUUGUCACUGAUGACAAAGAAGGACCAAACUCUGAACUUGAAAAACACAUUGAAGAUCUCCACGUUCUCAUAACCACACCCUUUCAUCCUGCCUAUGUUACGGCAGAAAGGAUCAAAAAGGCCAAAAAUUUGCAGCUACUUCUUACAGCUGGAAUUGGUUCUGAUCAUAUUGAUCUGAAUGCUGCUGCUGCUGCAAAAUUAACAGUUGCAGAGGUCACAGGAAGCAAUGUGGUGUCAGUCGCAGAAGACGAGCUCAUGAGGAUCCUCAUUCUUGUCAGGAACUUCUUACCUGGACAUCAUCAGGUUAUUAGUGGGGAAUGGAAUGUUGCUGGUAUUGCUUACAGAGCUUAUGAUCUGGAAGGAAAGACUGUUGGAACUGUUGGCUGUGGACGUAUUGGCAGGCUUUUACUUCAGAGGUUGAAACCUUUUAACUGUAAUCUUCUGUAUCACGAUAGAAUCAAGAUGGAUCCAGAACUGGAAAACCAAAUUGGGGCAAAGUUUGAGGAGGAUCUUGAUGCAAUGCUUCCAAAGUGCGAUGUAAUUGUUAUCAACACUCCUCUUACCGACAAAACAAGAGGGUUGUUUGACAAGGAUAGAAUUGCAAAGUGUAAGAAGGGAGUCCUGAUUGUUAACAAUGCUCGAGGGGCAAUCAUGGAUACACAAGCAGUUGCUGACGCUUGCUCCAGUGGGCACAUUGCAGGAUAUAGCGGUGACGUUUGGUAUCCACAACCAGCUCCUAAGGACCAUCCAUGGCGUUACAUGCCAAACCAAGCUAUGACGCCCCAUAUUUCAGGGACAACAAUUGAUGCACAGCUCCGAUAUGCUGCUGGAGUUAAGGAUAUGCUUGAGAGGUACUUCAAGGGAGAAGAAUUCCCCGCACAGAACUACAUUGUGAAGGAGGGUGAACUAGCAAGUCAAUACAGAUGAUUCUGUGCUUUUCUGUUGUGCGAAUAAAUAUUACGUUUUGAGUCUCUUGACUGUGGAGGCAUAAUAAAAAUCAGAGAGAUGCUUAUGCAUUUCAAUGAUGUAUGUUUUUUAAUUGUUCUAAGCGUUAUGUAAGGAAAAACGAGUGGACUCAUGUCCCAUGCUCUGAUCAAACAUGCAUAUAACUUGUUGGUCUGUAGACCCAGUUUUAUCCUA